AUGGCAGAUGAAGCACUGAUGAAAGCUGGCUUAUAUCUAGAUGCUUUCAGCAAAAUACGUCUUCUCCAGCCGGGUAUUGCGGAUGUUUCUAACGAACUUGUUGAAGAAGCGAAAGAAAUUGUGAAUAAAUUGAACACUUUCAAUGAAGCUACAGAAGCAAUCAUAAAAGCAUUUGAUGGAUUGGCAAAAACCGUGGAAGGUGAGAAAAUUCGUGCGAUGUCAUCCAGAAAUGCCUUGGAAAUGGCAGACAAGCAACAUGUUGUCGAGGAACAGCAGUUGCAGAUUCUGAUUCGAGAACGCGAAGUAGAACUGGAAAGGUUGCACACUGAAUUACAAUGCAUUCAAAGGCAAGAAUCUGCCCUGAAAGAGUAUUUGCAGAAAUUUUUAUCGUCAUAA